AUGGACGGUGAGCGGGGUGGGACGGGGGGGGGCUGGUGCUGCCCACCCAUGGAUCUCAUGCGGUCAGAGCCUAUGCAGCUGGUGCAGCUGAUCGUCCCCAUUGAAUCAGCCCACCUCACCCUCUCCUACGUCGGGGAACUCGGCCUCCUCCAGUUCAAAGACGUAAGAAUCUUUCGGGAAUCAACCUUUCUCCCCCUUCUCUCGAGACUUCAUCUGCGACUGCGAUCGGAAUGAUUAGCUAUGAUGUGGCUCCGGUUCCGACAUUGUUCCCCGAUUCUUCGUCAUUGUUCUGGAAUUUCGUGUUUUUCAUUCGAUUUGAUUCACCCUCCGUCGAAGGUGCUACAUUUCCCCCUCACGCUUAUAUAUGUUUCCCCAAUUGUUUCGAUUCUUCUCAUUGGCCUAAUUUUGAAUUGAUCGUCGCCUCGAUACUGCAUUUCUACAUCAGGCGAACCCCCGUCGAGACUGCCCUAAAUUUAUCCGUUCAAGACCUAUUUCUCAGAGUUUAGAAAACAUGCGGGGAAAAAUCAAUUCUUCUGUCUGCAGGCCGUACACAAAUUUUUUAGGAAUGUAACGUAACAUAGUCGAGUGGAUGGAGAAGUUCUGAUCUUUCAGGUAACCAAUGGGUUUCUGAUAAGAAGCAACCAUUGUACCACCACAGAACACUGCAUAAUGACGGUGGAUCCCCCUGAAAGCACGUGGAUUUGGGUCCUGAGGGCACCCCUGGAGGGAGGUCUUGGACAGAAGUGAUGCUCAUGGCGUCUGUGAAGAUCGUGGUAUUUCGAAUUGAAUGGAAGAGAAAUUUGCACACUUUAUGGAUAAUUCUUUGAAAGCAGAAAUCUUUGUUACUGAAGAUGAGAAGAAUUGGAGAAAAGGUAUUUAUAUGUAUUUUUCAGUAGAGGGUCGAUGAGGUUCUUACUUCAUUAGAGUCACAAAAGAGAAUCCUGCUACCUGAAAGUGCUAUUUCCCAGGCUGGCUAGGUUUCCGUUACUCAAUUUAACGCAGCACAGUAAGAGUUACGUUGGUCAGAUUGGCAUGUGACCCACGUAACUAUUAUUUUUGGUAGAGGUGGGGGGGGGGAGGGGGGGGGAUGAACUAGUUCUUUGAAUCCGUUGCUUCCCAUACCACUGGUCUGAAGACAUUAUCAGAGGAGAACACUGCCAUGUAGUCAUACUUCUGUGAGAGAAACAUACUGGAAUCACUAUCCAGGUGAAGCACUUGCCAGAUUGUUAGGUGUCAAGACUGGAUUUUUUGUUAUGUUUCAAUUCCUUAUCAAUGAAUGCGGCUAUGGAUAGCUUGAAUUGCGUUAAGGGCAUCUGAAUCAUUGAUAAUGUAUUUUGUUUUGGCUUCGGGGAAUUGGGAACUCCAAAGAAUAAAAAAGGAAGUCAACAAGGUUAUGACAAGAUUAUUUUAGGAAACGUUCGGUGAUCCCAUGACAGGCUUUCCAUCAGGAAUAUUAUCUGUUUUUUCUUAAGAUCAUUCUGGAUCUCUUUUUACACCUCUCAUUUUUUUCAAUUCCAUGUUUAUAUUCCCCUCCUUUACCAAGUAAUUGGGAAUCGAGUAUUUUUGUUUUCAAUAUUAUUUCCAGAUGGUCUUGGUAGAUUUUUUUGGGUUGCAGUCAUUGCUCCUGAUUAAUCAGUUUUGCUUGGCUACAUGAUAUAUAGGCUUCUGGUUCAGAAAACGUAGUUGAAUUUAUUGAUUUCUGCCUUUGAACGUUGUAUCAUGAGGUCACCAUGGUGUGCCCAGCCUUUGGAAUGUUGUGUUCUUGCCAUUUUGCAUUUAAUUCUGUAUUUUCCGUGUGGUAUUUGGGGUGUUUUGACUCAACAUAUCCUCAGGUUGGCUUUCUGAAGAAGAAGCACUUUCUCUUCUUAUUGAAAACAAAGAUGUUGCUUUCCGAUGUGCUCUCCAACAAAAUGGAUGGGUAGCCAUCAAUAAAAUUCUCAUCUUUCAAAGAACCUUUUGGAAGAUAUAUAUAUAUAUAUAUAUUAUAUAGAUAGAUAGAUAGAUAGAUAUAUAUAUUUGAUCAGUUGUUUAAUUUUUCACAAUUCUUGUUUAUCUUUGAGCUUACAAAACAACUUGACGUAUAGCUGGCAUUUAGUCAUUGUUUGGUCAUAUUUCAUUAUAUGGUUAUUUUAUUUUCCAUAUUUUAAACUCUAAAAUUAUUGGUUCGUCACUCAAAAGAAAGUGAUUCUGUCUAUUUUCUUUAUUCAUAUCUAGGUGAUUGUGUCUCAUGUAAGAUAUUUUGUUGUUCAGUGACGAUGUGAACUGAUAAGUGGUUCACAGGAACGUUAAUCUCAGUAUCCAAGGGUCAAGACGAGUGAUUUAAGUUGGCUGUUGUCCAAUAUUUUGCAUGAGCCUGUUGGUGGGCUUUUUGCGAGUUGUCCCCUUCUCGGUACAACUUUUGCACUUUCUGAUGGUUUAUUGCUUUGUUUUUCCUCAGCUUAAUAUCGAUAAGAGCCCAUUCCAGCGAACAUAUGCUUACCAGGUAAGUUUGUCCCCUGGCAUCCCUGUUACUUUCUGUACGCCCAUGGGCUCAAUUUUCUAUUUCAGAAAUGCUCUUUUGGUGUCCUUUUUACAAAUUACAUUUGGACGUAUUUACCAGAAAAGGAAUGAAGCGACAAUAUAAAUAAUUUUGGAAUAUACCCUAUGAUUAUCCUAAUCCGCAACGGAUAGAUUAUCAUUUUCUUGGUCUUUGUUUCUCUGUUAUACCCAUGCAAUUAUCCAUAGAAUCUCAUAAAAACCUGAAGGAUGUACAGGUUUUUUAUCUUGAUAUCCUCCAUGGUAUCACAUAGAAGUACCUUCAGUUUUUACCGUGUGUUUUUAAUUAUAAUUAUACUUUUGUAGAUCAAAAGAUGUGGGGAAAUGGCACGCAAACUACGAUUCUUUAGGGAUCAGAUGUGGAAGGCCGGCAUUGUUCCAUCAGUUAUGCCUCUGAUGGAUGAAGUCAAUUUCGAUGACUUGGAGGUAUGACACAUGGUUCUAUAGUGCGAAAUUUAUUAUUACUAUUCUGUGUAUACGUCCAGUUCUGGUAUUUAUUAAAAUUAGUGCUAAUUAUGUAGGCUAAGCUGGGAGAACUUGAAGGUGAGCUGAUAGAAGUGAAUGCUAACAGUGAAAAGUUGCAGCGAACAUACAAUGAGCUUUUGGAAUAUAAGCUUGUUCUCCAGAAGGUGCAGUUGUAUUUUAUUUUGUCUUCUGCAACAUGCAAGUCAUUCAUAAAAUGUAGUUCAGAGUUUAAGGAUUUUUUCUGUCAGUGAAGCAUUGUUCGUGUGAACAGUGGGAGGUAGGGUGAAGUAGGUAUCUCGAGAUGAAAAGGCCAUUUCUUUAGAAAGAUUCGAAAAUGGGUAGGUUUCGAUUCUUUGUAUGAUCAUUGGGUGAUUAUUAGUGGUGAUGACAUGUGGGGUUGGGGUGGGCCGUACGAAGCCGCGCCUGAUCCUGAGUAAUUUUUCUAGAGCCUGAAGAGUUGCUUGAGGGAUGGCCGUACGAGGCCAUGUCCAAUUCCCUACUUGUCUGGCGGGAGGUACUGGGAGGUGGAGGUGUCCCCCAUAAGACAUUGAGGAGUGUCUUACCAGGGCUCUGGGGGGCUCGUGGCUUUGGGGAAGGGCAGGGGUCACACGGGGUGGGAGGUAAGACGCAGGGGAAAGGAAGACUUUGGGUGGGUGUGGUGGGGGUUUUUAACUGGAUUGAGAAGAUAGAGGGGCGGUCCUUCUGGUGGAGUAAGGGAAAGCGGUGGGAUGGCGUGCGGUCCUGUGGGAGGAAGGAAUUUGCUGGGUGGUGGGAUAUUUGUGAAAGGAAGGGGUGGUUUAGAAAUCGAGCAUGUGUGUGCUAGGGAGAGAGAGAGAGUUCUCGUGUACGUAGAUUUCCUUUCAUAUUGGAUUAGGGACUAGUAUGUUAUGAUUUUUAGUCCAUUGUUUUCCCAUGUAGAAGUGAUUUCAAUGUGAAUUCCAUACGGUAUGAAAGCAUACAAUUGUUUCCGUCGUAGUGAGUUACUGAGCGUUAAAAGCUUUGCGUCUGUGGCCCAUUUUGUGGCGCUGUUGGAAAGGUUGUGUACGCAUAGGUUCGAAUGUGAAUUCUUGUCCUGUACUAUUUUCAGGCCGGUGAGUUCUUUUACUCUGCUCAAAGCGAUGCAACUGCCCAGCAGAGGGAAAUUGAAGCACGCAGUGUUGGCGAUGAAUCCAUUGAUAGGCCUCUACUCCUGGAGCAAGUAUGGUUGCGUGGAAUCUCCUAUUGAAUGUUAUUUGGGGCUUUUGACAAUUACUUUAUCCGAAAAUAACAGUAAGUUGCAUUUUUUUCCAGGAAAUCUCAACUGAUCUAUCGAAGCAAAUUAAGCUCGGGUUUGUCAGCGGGCUUGUGCCAAAAGAGAAAUCCAUGGCUUUUGAAAGGAUUCUAUUCCGUGCUACCAGGGGCAACAUGUUUCUGAAGCAGUCGUUGGUUGAAGAUCCGGUCACUGAUCCGGUGUCCGGGGAGAAGGUUAGAGUGGCACUCAUCUUUAAAGAAUUUCGUUGUAGAGGAUUAGUAAUGUGAUUUAGUAAAUUAAAAAGGCAGGGAACAUGAGUUGGUACCUAGAGCUGAGAUAAGUCUGAUCAAAGAGUGGGUAUGAAUCACAAUAUCGUUAUUGAGAGGAUCUCAGGGUUCGCGAUGUCCCCUUUUGAAUCACUAGAAGCAGAGUUUCAGUCUGUAAUAUCCACAUUCCAAGACUGGGAAGUUUUGACUGGAGUUGAUAUGUUUACUGUGGAUAACCCCCGUUUCCUGCAGGGGCGACCAUCAUUCCCCAAGGAUCAGCUUCUCCUAUAAUUCUUGGGUGGUUGUAUAAUCUCGUGCUGUGUUCACUUCUAUUCCUAGAAGGAAAUGCAUCAACUUCCUAUGUUUUUUUUUUUCCCUCCCAGUAACAACGACGGUCUCUGUUUUAGCUCGAUUCUCUGUUGGAUCGACGACAGUAACUGGGUCUCCCCUUGAUUGAUACAUACACUGGAUCUGGGACAUUGUAGUCCUCUAAUGAAUCUAGAAAUCAGCCGAAAGUUGUACAGUGAUUUUUUUUAUCGUGAAAUGUGAAGGAAUGCCCCCAAUCACGUGUUCUUUCCAUUGUUUUCUGUUAUAUGUGCGUCUGUGAUUUUAUGAAGGACGAGUAUCUGUAACUUUUCGUCAUCUGGCCCUGUACUGGUACUCCCCUUCUCCUACGUACUAGUUAUUGUUUGUCAAGAAUUUGUGUGGGUUGUUGUGCUAAAAAUCUUGCACAGUAUAGCAUCCUUCGGUUGUGCUCAAGCAGAAUAGUCCGAGCCUUGUAUAUGUUGUUGAUCCUUGGACAGAUGAAAAUUUAUGUUUUGGAAGAGGAACUGAAGUUUAUUUUUAAGGCUGAUUUACUUCUAUUGAAGACAUCAAGCUUAAUUUAUUUGGUGUGGUUGUAGUGGGUCUCUGUUGUUCCAUAGUUUAAACAUGUUCAUAGGUUUCACUUGUGACACUGUGUGUGGUAAGAUAACUUUGGGGCUAGGGGAGGUAUGGGAACCAUGUUUCGGUCAGGCAAAUUUUGUAUAGGUUGGGUUCUGAGAGACUUCUCCCAUACUCUACUAUAUCUUCUAGUCUCCUUGUGGUAGUGGUUAUUUUAAACAAUACCAAAUGAGGGGUAAUGGAUUCCUUUUUUCUGGAAAGGAACAUUGCUGUGUUAUUUUGGGAUUAGUUGUAGACAUAUAAUUGAUUAUACAUCCAAACGGGGAGGGGAAAGGAAAGCUGCUGUGAAACCCAUGAAUAUUUGUGCAUUUAACUCAUGUUGGCAGAUGGGAGACUUUAAACUAUCAUUUGAUCAUAGCUGGUAGUCGAAGACUGAAUUGUGAUUGAAUCCCAUAACAUGUAGAAUGAUCAGUCAUAUGAGACUUGAAAGUUGUAAUAAUCGAUGCCAUUUAUGUGGGGAACGAUGAUUGCUUGCUAUGGAUAUUAUGGUGAGGUGGUGGUCCAUGGGCCACUUAUUUAGGAUAUCAGUACUUACCUGGAGUCUUGAACAAAACUUCGACGAGGUGCAGACCUAGUAAUGACGGCCUGGCACAACUAAAGACGAGGGGCAACAUGCGGCUAAUUGAGACUUCAUUUGGGUAGCUCUGCUCGACUAAGGAAUUGUACGGAGUCUAGAUUUUCUAUUAAGUUUUAUUUCGUUUUUAUCAUUAUUCAUGUAGGGUCGUAUAUUUCCAUGAUCUGGUGCAUACGUGUAUUCUUUUGGUUCCCUUUUGACCUGCAUAUGUCUUAGAGAGGGUAUUAUUUGAAAACUACUGUGGAGGAUUUUUUAGUCAACCGUUUCUUUACAUGCUCAUAUGUAUGAGCAUGGCAUUGACUGAUCUUAUAUUGUCAUGCAACAGGGUUUGAAAAAUGUAUUUGUCGUAUUUUAUUCUGGAGAAAGAGCGAAGACCAAAAUCCUUAAGAUCUGUGAAGCUUUUGGAGCCAAUCGCUAUCCAUUCACAGAGGACGUGAGCAAGCAAAGACAGAUGAUUGAGGAGGUUCGUACUGUUGCAACACUUGUUUGUAAAACGAAAGGAUUUACUUUGUAGGAUGGAAAAGCGAAGUCCUUGCAUUGGAUAACAGAGUUUCUCGGCGUGGUUUCCCAAUUAUGUUAUUUGUUUAUUUCUGGGCGAAGUCAUUGGAUUGGACACAAUAUUUUCUGUUGAGCGUGAUGUCAUGAGUCUAAGUUACAGCUUGAUUUUGAAAUCAUAUUUUUUUAAAUGCAGUCUUUGUCCAACAAUAUAAAAUACAUGAGAAUUCUUCUUCAUUUUCCUUGCCUAUUAACUGGAUCUUAACUAUCAGUGUUAGUUUAUGUUUUAGUGAUUCUUUAUUUAUUCGUAAAUAGUUUUUCUACGGAGACUUAAAAGAUUGCCUGAUGCGUGAUUUCAUUGAUGAAAAGAAACAGGUUUUCCCAAAUUCAUUAAACUUCCCCAAAGUUCAUAAACAAGUUUUUGGAAGGUUUGUAUGCAGAUUUCCCUGGAAGAAAGAAAGCAGAGCUUGCAGCAUUUUGUAGGGAAGAUUAUUCAUUACUUUGGUUUUUAAUAACGCUCAUCACUACUAAGGUGUGCCAUCACUUCAGAUCUCUUAGACAUAUCUCUAUCUCUCUCUCUCUCUCUCUAGAGGGUUUCAAGACAAAAACCAUGGACGAGUCGAAAGAGAUGAGGAAGGGGGAGGUACUGCAAAGAAGGAGGAAAGUAACGAAACCACAAAGAAAAUGAGGAUAAAGGGGUAAGAAAGUAGAUGAAAAGGAAACCUCUAGGAGAAGAUGAUGUGAGAAGCACGUGGAAAUCUCUCUGGUGCUUUCAUCUCUGUAGAAGAGAAACUAGGAUAGUAUGCAGGAGAAGAACAAGAUGACAAUGAUAAUAGUGCAUUAAAAAUUGUAACUUGUUCGGUGAUUUAUCCGAUAGUUGUUAGAUAAUCCUCUGAGAUUUCUUCUCCCUGACCUUCCAAUAUCUAUGAAGAUUCGAGAUGGGAAUCCCUGCAUAGCGGGGUUGUGUUACUCUUAGAGCGAUUUGUGCUGUGGUUGUAUAAGAGGCGGGGUAUUGGGCGAUGCAUCAGGUUUUUGGUUAGUAGUUGCAACUAGGGUCCAUUUUUAACUCAAUUGUGAUACUACCCGCUUCGUACAAGGGCAUUUGAUGUCAGUUAUAUCUCUAUUUGCUGGCAUAGAGUGAAUGUUCUGUGAGUGUUAGGAGGUUGUAGUUUCUAAUAAUAUGAUCUAAUAAUCUCAGUUGUCUAUCUAAAGACCUUCAUAAUUAUAUCAGUUAGCCAUUGGGUUGGUUGAGGUUGAUGCGUAGGAAAAGUUUACUUCUGCCAGAGACAUUGGUACGUAUAAUACGUUUGAUGAACUGUAAGUGUUCGCUGAUGAAAAAACCGUAGACUCAAUCAUGUUGCUUGGAUCAGAUAUUCCAACUCAUAUUGUAUGAAGAUUAUAAGGAUGCAUUGGGCAGCUGACUUGUGCACGUGAUUUAAUCACUGAAUAUUUCUUGGGCGAAAAGUUCUGAUGACCCGUUGAUGCAAGAAGUAUUAUCUUUCAUUUAUUGUGAAAAGCGGAUGCCUUCUGUUUGUUAUGGAGGUUUAUGAUCACGAGUGCUGGGUUCUUGUUUUCUUUACUCCUCUAUCCAUGGCUUGAUUAGUAUCAGUCGGUAAAAUGAUUUUUAAGAGUUUACUUCAUGAAUUUUAGAGUUGGAGAGUGAAUGUUAAUGAAUGGAGUUAGUACAGUUUGUUGCAAAGAGAUUUUAUUUUUGAUGUCCUGAAGUAUGUGUUUUUGUUGGGCCAUGGUUUCGUAGUAAAUUAAUUUACGAUAAAUGUUUCCAGGUUGAAGGAAGAAUAUCAGAGCUAAAGACCACAAUAGAUAUUGGAGUUUUGCACCGAGAUAAGUUACUAAAGAAUAUUGGUUACCAAUACGAGUCGUGGAAUCAUUUGGUCAGUAUCCUCUAUUGUUUUUUUGGGGAGGGUUACGAUAUUUUAUAUAAAAUGCAUCAUUUUGAGCCAAGGAUUGUGAUAUUUUCCAGGUUAAACUAUCUGUAGUAAGAUGUCUUAUUUUCUUUUAAAUGAUUCAGGUGAAGAAGGAAAAGUCAGUCUACCACACUUUGAACAUGCUUAGCCUUGAUGUGAGCAAAAAAUGCCUUGUUGCAGAGGGGUGGAGUCCUAAAUUUGCAGCCUCUCAGGUAUGAUCUGUUAUGCGCGUUUAAUUCGUGAUGACGAGUUUCCGCUCUGGUUUUCAUCAGCUGGUAGCUGGCAACCAUGUGGAUUAAGAUUGUUUUCUGUGUAACAGAUCCAGGAUGCAUUAGAACGAGCAGCCUUGGAUAGCAACUCCCAAGUUGGUUCGAUCUUCCAAGUUUUGCAGUCUAAGGAACUGCCACCUACCUAUUUUCGGACAAAUAAAUUUUCUUCGGCGUUUCAAGAGAUUGUGGAUGCAUAUGGGUGAGAUGUGGCUGCUUGAUUCUGUAAUAAUAUUAUAUAAUAGUCUCCUGCAAAUCCCUCUGUUGCACAAUUAUAGGUUCCCUUCCUUCUUUCGUUAUAUUUUGUUUGGAAUGUGAGUUGAAUUUGAGAUGUGGUUGAUGGAUGAUUUUACAGAAGAGUGUAUUGGAGCAUUUGGACAGAGAACUAGAGAAUUUAACUAAUCGUGUUGAUGCUUCUGCGUUGUGUCUUUUUGUAGCUGAUGCCAUGUUAUUGGUCAUUGCAGGGUGGCCAAGUAUCAAGAAGCAAAUCCUGCUGUAUACACUAUUGUUACAUUUCCGUUUCUGUUUGCUGUCAUGUUUGGUGAUUGGGGGCACGGCAUAUGCUUAUUGCUUGCCACAAUGUACUUUAUAAUUAGAGAGAGAAAACUCUCUAGUCAGGUAAGGAACCCGGAUCUUUUUUCCAGUUAUGAGCAUAAGUCUUUGUGAGAGAAUGAGUAUCUGCGUAUGUAGGAGACAGUUUUUCCAGAAAAGUGAAACUUAUUGCCAAAUGUUUGGUUUACCUGUUAGAUCCCGUUUUAGUUUUCAUUCCAACACUUGGAUCAGUAGUUGGCAUCAAUUUAAGGUAGUCCGGUUCUUAUUGUCACAUCUAAUUGAUGUGAUAAUGGUAGCAUGAUUUUUAGAGUAGAGGGAAAGGCGGUCUGGUUGUUGUGCUGUUCUAGUAUUUAGCAUGUUGAGGUUUUUGUUGGGGAGAUAAUCAUUUAACAAUAUACUCAAUGCGUUUAAGUUUUUGAUGCGGAUGGCAGAAUAUAUCUGUUCCUUACGAACUUGACCAACCUGAGAGUUGAAGGAUGAAGAAUUAAACGUUUUUCAGACAUUUUAAGCCGGUAUUGUAAUUAUCGCAUACAUGGUAGUGGCAUUAGAGUUGAGUCCGAAAAUGCAACUCUUUUUUCUUCAAUCGUAGAAGAUCUACUGUGUACAUCAGUAUGUCAUUAUGUGUUUGAUUAUUUUUCUUCUGCUCUUAGCCUGUUGUCUUAAAUAAUUUUAAUUUUUAGUGUGGGAGGGUGGGAGGUGGGGGCAAUGGUUAGGUGUGUGUCUUGAAUAUUUCAUUUGUGUUUUCUUCUUCGUAAGUGUAGUAGUGUAGAAGCAAUGCAAGUAUUUAUGUAGUAGUGUAUUUAUGGUGUGGUAUGAGUACGCGUUUGGCUCUUCGGAAGCUUCUACGGCUGCUGCAACAUUAACUUCAUAUGUUGAAUGUGAUUGUUCAUGCCCUUUUUCAUUUCGUUUUCCGUUUGUUUGAAAUUAGUAAAAAAAUUGUAUUCUUUUUUUUUGUUUUUGUUUAACAGAAACUGGGAGACAUCACAGAAAUGACAUUUGGUGGUCGCUAUGUAAUUAUGAUGAUGGCAUUAUUCUCAAUUUACACAGGAUUGGUAUACAAUGAAUUCUUUUCCGUUCCAUUUGAGCUUUUUGGUCAGUCAGCAUAUGCAUGCCGUGAUCCUUCUUGCAGGUACCACAGUACACGUUUUUACCCAUAAAAAUAUGUUGUGGUCAUAUUAUAGUUGUCAGCCUAUUUAAUGUUGAUUGUCCUUCCCUAGGGAUGCAUCUACAAAUGGCCUGAUCAAAGUCCGGCGUACCUAUCCAUUUGGUGUGGAUCCUGUGUGGCAUGGUAGCCGAAGUGAGCUACCAUUCCUCAACUCGCUAAAGAUGAAGAUGUCAAUUCUCCUGGGGGUGGCACAGAUGAACCUUGGCAUUUUGAUGAGCUUUUUCAAUGGGCUGUUCUUUCGAAAUGGUCUAAAUAUCUGGUACGUUAAAAUUUCAGACUACAUUUAUGCAUGCAUGUGAGAGAGAUGACGAUUGUGUAACUAUUUACUCUUCCGGCUUUUUAUGCACUCUUUAAAAGUUUAAAACCAUUCUGUUUUCCCGAGAUCUCCUUUGUGUACUCUUAAAGGCAGCCCAAGUAUCAUCAUUAUAUUGGGCAACAUGACGUUAAUGUUUCUUUUGCUCUAAGUUCUAGUUUACCUGUUCAAAUAUUUAUUGUAUCGAUGUUCCUGUGUUCCUCUCUUUUGUACCGUUUACUGGGAAGGGUAGGGGCAUUUAGUGCGAGGAAAGGUGACAUCUACAUUUAUACGAAAAAAAAAAAGUGAAGCUGAUGCCUAUGAUUACUGUACUUCCUUCUAUAGAGGCAAUAAAUUAACAUUUUUUGCACCCACGUAGCCCUAAGAAUAGCUGGAUCAUAAAUCCGUUGAAAAAUUAUCAAUGUUGCGCUGCUAUUAAACAACACAGGUCCUUUUGCGGAGGUUUCCCUCUCUAAUUUCUUCUGUGCCAAGUAGAGGAUAAAACAAAUUGAAUAGAAAGAAGUGGGGAGUGAUACAUUGGCGACAAGUCUUUUUACCCUUUAUUACGAUUAUGAGAGUUAUGCAAGUACAUUAUUAAAGAACGCUCAUUCAACCUUCAUGCUUAUGCAUGAGCUUCUUGUCUUGUUGAUUCGGAGUGAUUGACAUUGCAUUUACAACUCUCUUUGAUGAUCCAACCGUUGUUUCAUGGAGUUGAGCAGAUAUCUAAGAAUUAAACUGGCUUUAUAAUCAGUAUGUUGGCUCGGUCCAGAGACAUCAAUGUCAGAACAGGCCUUCAGUAAAUUGAUUUUGUUCUAAUGGAAUGGGUGGUCAUGCAGAUUAUCACAGAUAGUUUCUUGUGUAUAAUAGUUUGUAGGGAAUGACAUCACUAAAUAUCCCUCUGGAUGAUGAAUUAUCGUUACGAAGGUCCAUGAAACAUUGUAACUCUGUCCAUGCAUGUGAAGGAUGGAAUUUGGGUACCAGAGAUUCCCACUUUAAAAUGGGUUGGCAACCAUGUGGAUCACUGGGUGACUGAAAUGAAUUUGCUCUUAGUCAUUAGUUUUUUGUGGAAAAUUGUUCAGUUUUUAUGUAAAACACUAUACAAAUUAAUAUCACUCCUUUGUCUGCUUAGAGCCCUCGAUGGGAAUACUACCAUUCAUGGGAGUUUUAGUUUUUAGAUUUUGUUUGUAUUCUCGCACCAUUGGACUCCUCUUUCAUAUCUUUCUGCUGUUGAAGUAAGAUUGAUUGUGGAUUACAUUUUACAGGUACCAGUUUAUUCCACAGCUGAUAUUUCUGAACAGCCUGUUUGGCUACCUCUCACUUCUCAUCGUUGUGAAAUGGUGCACUGGUUCGAAGGCUGAUCUCUAUCACGUUAUGAUAUAUAUGUUUCUGAGCCCUACUGACGAUCUUGGGGAAAACCAGCUUUUCCCUGGCCAAAAAAACCUUCAGGUUUUUCUUUACCCAUGCCUGACAUGGUCUUCUGAUAACAUGUAAGAUUACUCAUCUGAUAAUCCUCUUGUCUUUGCAUAUCAACAGCUUGUCUUACUUCUACUGGCCCUUGUAUCCGUACCAUGGAUGCUAUUGCCCAAGCCCUUCCUUAUGAAGAGGCAACAUGAAGCGGUGCGUUGCUGCUUAGUUUAUCUUUCAAAUGCUCGCUCCUCUUCAUUAGUCCAUAUCUCUAUAUAUCUGAAGAAAUAUUUUUCGUUUCAGAGGCAUCAAAGUCAGUCUUAUGCAUUGGUUCAUAGCGAUGAAGUGGAUUCUAUUGAGAUAGAGCCAGAUCACGAUUCCCAUGGUCACGAGGAGUUUGAGUUCAGUGAGGUUUUCGUUCACCAGCUCAUACAUACCAUAGAGUUCGUUCUCGGAGCCGUGUCCAAUACUGCCUCAUAUCUGCGACUGUGGGCUCUAAGGUACCCUAGAAAUCUUUACCUUUUUCUUGUUUCAUGCAGUAAUAGUUAUCCUGAAGCUGUCUCCCUUGUAAAGCUUCCUGUAUAAUGGUUUAUUUCGUCUCUUAACGCAUGCAAGGCCUUUGCUCUAAUGCUUGGGCCUCAGUUCCUUGAAUCCUGGUAUCACCCUCUCUUUGUUGAAUGAAGUGAUGAGUAUCCUCCAGCUAUUUCCGUGGGAAGAUUGCUGCAUUCUUUAUGACAGAGCACUUUCUAACUCAUGCAUAAACGUUGCUCUAAUGCUCUGGUAUUAGCUCUUGAAGACUAAUAUUACUCCCAGAGUAAGGCACACUGUAAAUCUUUUACCCUUUUCUUGUUGCAUGAGGUGAUGGGUAUCCUCAGGCUGUCUCCCUUUUAACUUUUCCCGCAUAAUGGUUUAUUCUCUCUCUUAACAUAUACGUAACCAUUAGUCUUAUACUAUGCUUUGUCCGUAGUUCCUUGAGUUACAACCAUUUCUCCUAGACUAUUUUCCACUGCAUUGUCCAUCUUAUCCAUUUCACCACAUUCAAACAGAAGCCUCAUCUGUGACCUCACCAGAGUGCUGUCCUUGGGAGCUUCUCUGUCUGUGCUUUUGAGCGCCAUAAGUCGUUAUAUUGUUGAGGUUCUCUCUGCUGACAAUUGGUUUUCGUGUUUUCCCCAGCCUUGCCCAUUCAGAACUAUCGAGCGUGUUCUACGAGAAAGUUCUUCUUCUUGCCUGGGGGUGAGAUCUCCCCAGAUCACAGUCUCUUUAAAGGUUUCAAGAAUGAUACGCACUGAAGUAAUCAUACUGAUUGAUCUAUAAUCAUACUCGUUCUUAGGUACAACAACAUCAUUAUACUCAUCAUCGGCGGUAUUGUGUUCAUCUGUGCAACGAUUGGAGUGUUGCUGGUGAUGGAGACAUUAAGUGCUUUCCUCCAUGCACUGAGGCUUCAUUGGGUGGAGUUUCAGAACAAGUUCUAUGAGGGUGAUGGAUAUAAGUUUGCCCCAUUCUCAUUUGCAACAGUAGAAGAAGAAGAUUGA